CACUAUUUUUAUGAGCUAACUGAAUCGCCAUCGGACUGAACGCAGCCUCGUUUCUGUUUCGUGACGUAAUGACGUUCCAGACGUCCGCGGCAGCCGCUUCGAAUCUCCAUUACACUGAGCAGUCCAGCAACAAAACUCUGCAGCCAUGCCAACAAAAGAAUCAAAGCCAAAUCUCAGUCACUCCCAGGUUACUGAGACUGUCAAGCGACUCUAUGGCUUGACCGCGUCCGUCAUUCGCCCGUUGCCCAGUUAUGAUGAUCAGAACUUUUACGUGGCCCCCAGUGAGGGCGGAGAAUAUGUGUUGAAGGUUAUGAACUCUGCAGACAGUCACAACAUCACCGUUAUUGAGCUGCAGACUCACGCCAUGAACUUCCUAAACCAAAGAGGCCUUCCUGCCCAGACCGCUUUGCCCACUCUGACCGGCCAACUCAUGAGCCUGGAAGAAUUUGAUUGUGGUUUUGGCCUGCAGAAAUAUUUAGUGCGAUUACUUACCUACCUCCCUGGCACUACCGUAGCCAAAAUUACCUGCAGUCCUCAGAUCUUGUAUGAUGUUGGGAAAAUGGCCGCCACAUUGGAUACAGUUUUACUCCAAAUGGAGCAUCCAAACAUCAGCGUCCUACAGAGAGAAGAUUUUAUAUGGAAUCUCGCCAGCGUUCCUCUCUUAAAACAGUAUAUUCAUGUGAUGGAUGGGGAUCCUGUACAAACGGUUGUUAAAGCCGUUCUGGAGCAGUACCAGAUCCAAGUCGUGCCAAAACUACCAUUGUUUCGCAAGUGCAUUAACCAUGGAGACUUUAACGACCACAACCUCUUGGUGAAACCCAAUGGACCUACAAAGUACAAGAUCUCUGGGAUCCUUGAUUUUGGAGACAUGAGCUGUGGGUAUUUCAUAUUUGAGCUGGCCAUCACCAUCAUGUACAUGAUGAUUGAGAAUCCCAAUCCGGUAGACGUUGGAGGGCCAGUGGUGGCGGGAUGGGAAAGCGUUUUUCCUCUUAAUGAGGCAGAAAGAGACUCGCUCUAUUUGCUGGUUCUCUGUCGGUUCUGCCAGUCCCUGGUUCUGGCCCGACACGCAGUGACCCAGCAGCCAGAGAAUGAGGAGUACUUGAUGAUCACCUCCAAGACAGGGGUGCGCCAUCUCUGCCAUCUUUGGGAGCUGGGUAAAGAGGAAGUGGAAAGAAAAUGGUUCCAGAAUGCUGCACAGUUUGGCCAACCUUGACUUGAGCAGCUGCAUGCUCAAAAAGUAAAUGCAAUAAACUGGGAUGCAUUGAAGAUAUAGUUAACCCAAAAAUCAACAUUUUAACAACAUCUUGAAAUAAUGAAAGUCAAUGGCAACUGGGACUGUCAAGCCCCAAAUUUUCAAAUGAGCAUCAUAAAAGUGGUCCAAAAGUACUAUGAUUUUAAAAUCAUAUGACAAUGAGCCACGUCUUAAGCCAUUUUGGUUUGUUCCUCACAAAUAUCUUUGAUGGCUCCAUUAAGACUCUGACUAUAUGAAUACAGAUACCUUUAUUUUCAUUUGUCCAACAGUCCAAAACGAAAAUUAAGUCACUCAUUCUAAAAAAAAAAAAGUGCACACACCCACUUACAUUCAGAAAUUGCACAAUAGAAUGUGCACGUGUUAUGGAACGCUUUUAUGAUAUUUUCAUAGUGCUUUCGGAUCUUGAAAGUCCCAGUAAGACAAUACAUAAUUUAAAAAUUCUCCUAUUUUGUUGCACAGAAGAUAGAAUUUAGUAAAAUUAAGUAAAAUAACACCAAUAUGGUUGCAACAUCUGCUCUGACAUAAAAAAAAAAACAAGUAUUAAGAAUAAAUAUUAAAUUACGUAAGUAUUAAUGUAUAAAUGGGCAUGAGAUGCAAUGCCUACCAUACAGUAUAUCCCAAGAAUUAAUGUAGGAUUAUACUUGAUGAUCCUUAAAUUUAUAAUGUUGAACAAAAGUAAUUACUAACACCAAGCAUGCCAUAAUUUCCUUAAAGCAGCAGAGGGGAUUUUAUUAGUGGAAAGUUCAUUCAGGAGGUCUUAAAUCGUAAAACCAAAUUUUGUUAUCAAAUGUGAUUUUAUUUGUUUAAUGUAUUUCCCGUCUUUAAUUGUAAUUGGUGCUUUUAUUCCAUCCAAGAGUAAAGAACCCAAAUAAAAACAUUUUCUGCAGAACAACGAUUUUAAAUUUGCACAAUUCAUAGACUAUGAUGUAUUGCUAUGUAUUGUAUAUCAUAGAGAUGGAAUGUGACGAAAGGUCCCAUAAACUUUUAUGGGCUGAUCUUACAACACAUGUCAUGAAUAAACAAACUACUGACUGUAGCAUUUUA